UGUGUUUGUCUGAUAGAGUCUGCCCCUCUCCACCUUGUCUUUUCUGAGAUUAAGGUUUUAUUUUGGGGUAACAUUCCCCAAACACAAACAUCCAUGAGUGCCCACCUGGCAAUGCCCCCCUACCAGCCUUACCCAGCCGGGGUAGGAACUGGAAUAAGGUAUGGAGACUACUAUUGGAAUUGCCCAGGGGAGAUGGACAAUGUCCCCCACAAAGAGGCAGCAGAUGCUGAUGUCCCGGUCCCAGAGCCAGAGGAGAAGACCCUCCAUAACCCAGAGCUCUCUCCAGCUUCCUCCAGCUCGGGAACACGCAUGCGGUACACCCCGGACUCGGCCACCAGCCCCAACACGGAGCCCCCGUCCCCACACCCUGCGACCCGGGUGGGUGGGGUGGAAAGCGGGGGAGGGGUGAAGAAGGCCAAGAGCCGCACGGCCUUCUCCCAGGAGCAGCUGCAAACCCUGCACCAGCGAUUCCAGAGCCAGAAAUACCUCAGCCCCCAGCAGAUCCGGGAGCUGGGCUCAGCCCUGGGGCUCACCUACAAGCAGGUAAAAACAUGGUUUCAAAACCAACGGAUGAAAUUUAAACGAUGCCAGAAGGAAACUCAGUGGAUGGAAAAAGGGACAUGCCUAUCCCAAGCAGGUUACCUGGAUUUGAACCCCAGUUAUCACCAGGGUUGUCCAGUUAGUGCCAGCAGGAACAUCCAGACUGUGACCAAUGUGCAUCAGAGCUAUGGUAGCAGCCAGACCUAUGGGAAUAGCCAGAGCCUGUAUCCCUUCGUGGCUAUCGAGGAGGAGGGCUUCUUUGGGAAAGCCGGGGGAGCCUGCAGUGCCCAGCAGGCAAUGGGCUUCUUCAGCCAGCAAAAGAUGAACUUUUAUCAUGGCUUCCCAGCAAACAUGGAUUAUGCCAGCGUGGAGACAGAAGAUGGCUACCACUUCCAGAAUGCCUCUGUCAAUGCAACGUCCUUCCCGGGCACGGCAGGGUGCCAGCAGUACCAGCCAGCAUGGCACCCUCAAGGGACGCAAAGCAACUAUAACUCUUAGGCCUAUCCUUUUUCUUUCCCUCUCCCACUCUUUCUUCUGUUUCUGUUAUCCAGCCUCUCAGUUCUUUAGGGCCCUGAUCCUGACUCCUGAGAUGUGUGGAGUCCCCCAGCUCCCAUUGACUCCAGUGGAGGGGCUUGGCACCUUGCACGAUGGUUGGGGUUUCUCUCUCCUUCUCUUCUUUAAGAGGCACCUGUCUGUGUCUUACUCAAGAGGUGUGCUGCAUGGCUCUGAAGUUGACUUUCCUCAUAUUGACCCUGGCUGGCUCCAGGAAUAGGCUCUGUAUGUGUAUGGAAAGCCAUGUUCAUGCAAGGAAGUGUGUGAAUGUUGGAAUUGGAGACGACAGAGUCUACACCAGUGAGUCCUUUCCCUACCCUAGUGUCCCCAGUACAGCAGUAUCCCCUCUGUAGAUCCUUUCCAAGGCUUAGUCCAGUCCUUGUUUGAAAUUAAUUACAAAUAUUUGCACUGUAAAAAAACAAACAAAACCAAGCAUGGGGUUUUCUCUGGAUAAGAUUCUUCCACCCUUCAGCAGACCCCUCACUGUUAGAAAAUGUUCCUGAUUAUGCAACAUGAAAUUUCCCCCCUUUCUGUUUUCCCUCCCUCCACCAGCCAACUUCCCUAACAUCUAAUACAUCCUUCAACAGGGGACUCUCUCCAGCCCUGACCAGGGCCUAGCUAGGAUUGAUCAUUUAUAAUCUUAACAAAAUCUCAGAUUUACUAUGAUCCGUAAAUAACUGCAAUCCCUUUUUAAUUAGGACCUGAAUAUCUACCAAACAGUGACAAGAGACUGCCCAAUCCUCAGCUGGUGCAAAUCAGUAUAGCUUCAUUGACAUCACCAUUUGCACCAGCUAAGCAUCUGGACCACCACAGGGGUGAAUGGAAUUCAGAUUUUAAUUUCAAUUCAUUGUCUAAUUAAGGAAAAGAGAGAAAGGAGAUUGAGAAAGAGGAGUAGAGGAAGGAAAAGGGGAGGGAUGGAAGAGGGAGAAAGAUGGAGAAAGUACAAAGUAAUCAAAUGUGGUGGGUUAGGUUAAUAUCCUAAUCCAAGAAAAUUACCUCUAGUGUUUACAAAGUGGCUAACUUCUUUAUGCGUGUCAGUCCCUUUCAUUCUAACUGCUCUCCCUCCACAUCUCCCCUGCUCUACUCUGCCGGCAGGCUCCCAGCACACAUGACCCUGGCUGUGGCAUCGCAAGUCAUCAGCGCUGUGAGAGCAACUGAUGUCCUCAGGUAUCCAUCUGCGUCUCUUAUAGUAGUAAUAAUAAUAGCUCUUCUAUCUGUACAUGAAGGAUCCCAUAGCACUUCACAAAUUGCAAACACAGCACCCCUGGAAUGAGGCCACUCUGGGGUGGAGGGUGGCAGCCAGGCAAAAAUAUUCUAGUUAUUUCAAACCUGAUGCUUAUAUCACUUAACCUAGAAAUUAGAGAUGGUGGAUAAGUCCAUUAGAUCCUAUCUAUCCCAUUCUCCCAGGGCCAGUGCAGGAUUGCUUCCCUACUGUUCUUCUCCAAUUCUAGUUUUAAGUGACUCUGUUAAUGGGGCUUCCCUCACUUUCCUUGGGGAGACAUUGCCACAGGCUAAUUAGAUUACUUAUCUAUUUUUGUUUGUUUGUUUAAAGUGGGACACUGUCAGCUUCUCCUGGACUCAAUGUUUAAGCAUGAAAGGCAGGGAGAAAGUGAGAGGUGGGAAUUAAAAAGCCAAACCCCAACUUGAUAUAAAUACAAUUGUUUUCAUAAAUGUCUUUUAAAUUUCAGUAAAAACAGGUUUUAAAAAACUAAAUUGUCCCCUGCAGUGCUGUGGAACUUAAGGUCAUGCACAACUUGCAGCUUGUAAAACUGACUCAAAAAAGGAAGUGAAACAGACUAAUUCCACUGUCCCAAGCCAAAUGCAAAAAAGUAAACAAACAGCAUCAAUAGUGAAAAAUGAAUGACAUGUUAAAGAUUUGUUUAGUUUGAAUAGCAGGUAUUGUUGGUAGUUGAUGUAGUAGUUUUUGUUGUUAAUGUAUGAUUUUUAUCUCAAUGCUAUCUUAACAUCUGCACAAGGACUUUGUCCUACUUACAUUUUUAAUGCAAAGCAGAUAAAUGUUUACUAUCAUGGAUUGCUGGGUAUAUUAUUUUUCCCAUUUGUUUUUAAAAAAAGACUUCUUACUUGCAAUGCAACUUAACUUGUGUUUUGUUACGCUGCGUCUGUUUUAUCACUUUUUUUUUUGUUUCUACCUAAUGUUUUUAUAAACUCGUGUUUUUUACAUUUGAAUGGAAAA